AUGUCUGGCAUGCUUGCAGCGCUCUCGGCUAUGAUCAAUCAGCGCUCAUCGGGCCAAUUGGCCGGGCAAUCACUCGCCUCGCCUUCGCCAGUUCAUGCUCAAUACCAGGCUCAUCAGCCAUUCAGCAGACCUGCUGACUACCCGCAAGACGGCACGCAACCUGCCAGACGACGGCAUCUUACCGUCAAAGCCGUCAGGCCGGAAGAUCUCGAUCCCAGUGCAGUCGCGGCUGCGAACGCGACCGCGUCACAUUUCUUUGCAGCUCCUCCUCCCCAGCCUGACGUCAGCGCAUCGGGCGGCUUCAUACGUCCAGGCGAAGAACAUCUAUAUUCGGCUCAUAGGCCGACGAGCAUGCGUCCCGCUGUUGCGAGCACGAAUGCAAGCAAGCGUGGCGCAGGACUGACGGACGAAUUCGAUAGUUUUCGUUCGCACGCCAGUCUUGCAAAGCCUCAGCUCUCGAGCGAUAAGACUGAGCAAGCGUCAAAGAUGCCGCCACGAAAGCGAUUGAUGCGCGAGGACGAUCUACAAGCGCGAUCACGAUCGAGAUCGCAUUCGAACGGCCCUUCUCGCUCGAGAAGCCAAUCUGCCAGUGAGGUCGAUCUGCCAGUCUCGGAAGAUGCACCGCAUGUGACUAGUCCGACUUCUGAAGAUCUGCCUGAAGCACGCGUGACCAAGCUACAACGAUCGAGCUCGAGGGACAAGAUGUUGCAGACUGCGACAGUGCCAGCUCAGAACGGCAGACUGAAGCAUCUUUCGCCUCAGCCUGUCGGCUCGUCAGAUCUUCAACGGAAUCUGCUAAGCGGCGAUCAGAUGCGCAGGCCCGCAGUCGCCGCGUCGUCUCCGGACAGCGGCCUGCCAUCGAUCAGCAAUCCACCCAUCAGACGGCCUCAAGUAGCGCACCGCAAGAUAAUAGACGACGAUAGCUCACCUUUGCAGCCGAUAGCUAAUGCGCAUACUUCUGCGGUGCAGCGGCAACACUCCUCACCCACCCAGCCGGUGCGGGAUCAACAACAAUUCUCAAUGCAGCCGCAGCAGGCGCAAAUGCACAGGCAGCAGCUUCAGCAACAGGAACAUCAGAGGCAAAUGGCGAUGAGGCAGCAAUCCAAUGUGCCUCUUGUCAAUUACGCGCCUCCCUAUGCACAGCAAAACCCGCAAGCGCAACUAUCGCAGUAUCACUAUUCACCUCAGCUAGGCCAAUAUGGUGCGACCCAGCAUCAGCUCGGCCAGCCCUCGAUUCCGAUACAUGUGCAUCCGCACAUGUCUAGCGCUAUGUAUCAGCAGCCCGGCGGAUACAUCAACCCGCUCGGUCGUAGCGGAGCUGCAUAUUAUUCCCCUCCCGCCGAUGGCCGGAUAGCUGGCUUUAGACCGCCGCCUCCUAUCCCAACUGUCAACACCAUGGUUCGAAAACACGCCGUCCCGUCGCCUGCGCGGCCGAGACAGAACGGACAUCCUUCUCCGCAGAACCUGCACUCGAAUGGCCAUCAGCCUCAAUCGAUGGCUCAACGGAGCUCGCCUCAGCAGCCGGCGCCGAAGCGAAAGCUCGUGAAGCGGCAGAUAGAAAGCGAGAGCGAGGAAGAUGAGUUUGAGGAGGGCGACUCGGACGCGAGAGCGGACUCCGAGGAGGGCGUCGACGCUGCAGAAGUCCUGCAAUUCUUCAACGACUCGCCAUCCGAAUUAUUGGCAGACGUCAUCUCUAUCAAACCUGCAGCACUCAAGAUCCUGCUCAGUCUGCGGCCCUUUGAGAGCACACAAGACAUUCUCGCCAAGCUCAAGGCUACGAAGGGCGUCAGCACGAAGAUCUACGAGAAUUAUGCCGAUCUUGCCAACAGCUACGUGGCAGUAGACAAGAUAUUCAAAAAAUGCGAAACGAUCGGCGACCAGGUGUCAAAGACGAUGCGCAUCUGGAGAGGCGCAGACAGUGCCAGACCGAAAACAUACCUUUCAAGCGUCGCUGCAAGCUCGGGCACGUCGCGCGCCAGCACGCCCGAUACCGAUUCUGGUGCUACCCAGUUGACGACGUUUAAUGAGGAAGCAUACUUGCAGAGCACCCAGGCCUCAGCCCGAGCAGAUGUCAAGGCGGCCUUCGACGGCUACAUGCGCGAGCAACCGAAAUCGCUCUCCAAAGACGUACAGCUCAAAUCGUACCAGAUCUUAGGCGUCAAUUGGCUCAAUUUGCUGUACAAGAAGAAGACAAGCUGCAUUCUCGCGGAUGAGAUGGGUUUAGGGAAGACAGCGCAGAUUAUUGCGCUACUCGCGCAUCUGCAAGACAUCGGCUCGCCCGGGCCUCAUCUCAUCAUUGUGCCUUCGUCGACUCUAGAGAAUUGGUCUCGAGAGUUUGCAAGGUUUGCGCCAGAGCUAAAUGUCGCGACAUAUUACGGCACACUCGCCGAACGCGCCGUGCAACGAGCCGAGUAUCGGGAGGCAAAAGACCUCGACGUAGUCAUCACGACAUAUCAGACUUCGACUAGCGGUCCGGACGACCGCAAAUUUUUGCGGAAGAUGCGCUUCGAGACGUGCACGUAUGACGAGGGGCAUCAGCUCAAGAAUAGCAUGAGCAAGAAAUACAAAGAGCUCAUGGACAUUCAUGUCAAUUGGAGAUGCUUACUGACCGGCACGCCUUUGCAAAACAAUCUUCAAGAGCUCUUGUCACUGCUUGCGUUCAUCUUGCCCGACAUCUUCCUUGACAAAUCUGAAGCCUUCAAAGCAAUCUUCAAAUUGCCUGCCGAUGCUCAGCAAGGCUUGCUGUCGCAAGGCUUAUUGUCUCAGAAGCGCAUAGAAGCCGCCAAGCGCGUCAUGACACCCUUCGUCCUGCGCCGGAAAAAGCUGCAGGUUCUCACAGAUCUGCCAAAGAAGAUUGAGAUUGUCGAAUAUUGCGAUAUGACGUCCUUGCAAAAGGAAGUAUAUCGCGAGACCUUGCGGCGGUCUAAAAAGUCCAUGCGAGCAGCCGAUGCAAAGCUACUUGGCACGCAAGCUGGCGCCGCUCCGGCUGCUCCUGUCGAGACGCAGAAGACAGUCAAGACGACGCCAAAACGCAUCGGUGGACCAUCUGAUGCGUCGUCGAACAUUAUCAUGGAUCUACGCAAAGCGGCAAAUCAUCCGAUGCUCUUUCGCCGGCUGUAUACCGACAAGAAGAUUCGCGCCAUGGCUCGCGACUGCUUACGGGAGGUCGAAUUCCACGAUCGCAGUGAAGCACUCAUAGUCGAAGAUAUGGAGAUCAUGACCGACUUUGAAUUGCAUCGCUUCUGCGAGCCAUACAAGCAUCUGCAAAAGUAUCGGCUCGGCGAUACGCAAUGGAUGGAGGCGGGCAAGGUCAAAAAGCUACAGCAGCUCUUGCCGGGCCUCAAGGCAAAAGGCCACCGCGUCCUGCUCUUCUCGCAAUUCACGCAGGUGCUGGACAUCAUCGAAUCGAUCAUGGACACGAUGGAUAUGCGGUAUCUCAAGCUGACCGGUCAGACGUCGGUCGUCGAACGGCAAGGAAUGGUCGAUGAUUUCACUAAUGAUCCCGAGAUUACCGUCUUCCUGUUAUCCACCCGUGCUGGCGGUCUCGGCCUCAAUCUCGUCGCUGCUAACACGAUCAUACUAUGGGACCAAGAUUUCAAUCCUCACAACGACAAGCAGGCUGAGGAUCGAGCGUACCGGAUCGGUCAAACCUCGGACGUGACUGUCUAUCGCUUCAUCACAAAGCAAACCAUCGAGGAAGACAUGCACAGUCUCGGUCAGACGAAGCUAGCACUCGACCAGGAGAUCUCAAAGAGCGAUGAUACCAGGGACACAUCUAAAGUCUCUCUAGCCGCCUCGCUCGCUGGCGAAGGCAACGAGGAGCUCGUUGAGAAGCGUAUGAAGGCGACACUGCUUUCCAAGAUCGUCGAUAGAAUGUCUGAAUCGGACGACGAAGACGCGGUCGGCGAGAAUGAAGGAGACGAUGAUUAUACGCAGUAG